GUAAAUCAACAACUGCGAUAAUGCAUCGUUGUCCAGGCUGUCCAGGGGAACAUAUUGUUGUCUGAUAAUCGGCUGAAUGUGCCUUUGCCAUCGUGGAACUUUUCGUUUGUGAUUUGAGAUAGUGUUGUUUAAGAAGCAUUUUACUGCUUGUUGCUUUAGAGAGAGGGUUAACUUUUUGGAAAACAUUCUUUUCGGUUUUGUGAGUUAUAUGCUAUUUUAUUAAGCAAUAAAAUAUAUCGUUCAGUCUAAGUAUCUACGCAGUACAUUGAAAAUGGCUGAUGGUGACAAAGAUCUAGUGGCUGGACGUCCUCCAGCAGUAAAAGCUGGUGGUAUGCGAAUUGUGCAACACAAAUCUCCCAGCACGGAUAGGCCCGCCAAGGACCCGGUUGAAGUUAUCGGUUUGUCGAAUCCUGCCCCAAAUGUGAACACAGGGGAAGUGGUACAAAGUUCAUCCGCUAACAAGCAUAGCGAACACUCAGUAGAAGCUAGUCAGGUGGCUCAUGCUCAGAAACCAGCGGUACAGGUUCCUCAACGACCGGUGAACAACAUCCAACAACCGCGGAAGUGUUAGACUUAGAACCGAGAGAAAGUGCAAUCAGUACCUUAAUCAAUUCAGAAAUGGUUCGUUUUGAAUAUUUGGUAUAAAUUUUGCAUUUUAUCGAAAGCAGCACUGCUUUCGGAUCAAAAAAUAAUUCGUACUUCGGCAUUGUUCGUAUUUUUUUUCAAACGCCUUUUUUACAUAUUGGUUUCGGGAUUCAAAGAAAAUAGUUUGGUAUACUUUUAUAUUAGAUCUUUACAUCAAAUAUAUUCAUUGAGCUAAUGUGCGUUAAAUUCAUUUAUGUUAUAUCAAAUUUGACUGUAAAAAUGUCAUUCUAUGAAAUUUCAAUUUUGUUUCACUGAAAAAAAAGUUCAAUAAAGCUUGUGCUUAAUUUUUAAAACUAA